UGCAACAAACAAUUUAAUGGUGUGUAUGGUUGUACUUUUUGUCUUCACCCUGGAGAAUCUAUCGGUAAUGCUAGAUGUUAUCCUGGAAAAUCUGUCGCAGACCGAGAUGAUGCCUCAACACGUGUAUUGAUGGAUGAGGUACACAGAACCGGAAAGGAAAAACUUGGAAUAGUUGGAAAAUCUGUGUUCAUGUCGAUACCGAACUUAGACAUUGUAUCCAGAUUUCCCACAGACUACAUGCAUGCAGUAUUACUCGGAGUAAUGAAACAAUUAUGGUCGCUGUGGGUAGAUAGUGAAAACCAUAAAGAAAAUUUUUCUGUUGGCUUACGUCUCACUGAAAUAGAAGAACGUUUCCUAUCGUUUCGUCCACCAAGCUCCUUCCCAAGAUUUCCCAAGCCCCUUACUGAAUAUAAACAAUUCAAAGCAAAUGAAUGGGAAGGAAUACUGUUGCAUUACAUAUUUCCUAUGAUGUAUGGAAUUCUACCUAGGGAAUAUUUAAACCAUGUAAUGCUACUCUCAUUUACUAUAUUCCAAUUGCUGCAACCGGAUUUAAGAGAUAUUAAUUUAUGUGGUCGACGUUUGGAGCAUUUUGGAAAACAGUUUCAAGUUCUCUAUGGACAUCAAAACAUGACGUAUAAUGUUCAUCUAUCCGCACAACAACUAAUUAAGGCAGUGCAUAAUUUCGGUACCCUCUAUAACUUCUCUCUUUUCCCGUUUGAAGCAGGCAACGGAAUGUUGCUUGGUUUCCGCAGCGGAAGUAACAAACCAGUAGUUCAAUUAGAACAAAAGUUUAUAUUAUAUAAGUUAUGUAUGUUUACCAAGGUUCCAAAACGUUUGCCGAUAGAAAAAUGGAUAAAAGAAUUAUGGGCCAACAAAACUUCAGGAGCAGAAAAUAAACAGCAAUACUCAUUACUCGCAAUACUUUGUGAAUACGAUGAUGACGUCAACACGAGAAUUCGCACCACAUCAAAAACUAGUAGUUAA